UAGUAAGAUGAGCAUAACACUAAGGAGAAGAAAGUUAAGUAGACAUUAUAUGAAUGUAAAGUUCAAUUUCCAACGCAGAUUUACAAAAGAAAAGUGAUUCAUAAAGCAAGAGUAAGUUGCUUCAGUAGGAAGAAUGAAUUGGCUUUAAAUUCGACAUAACAGGAUGAUUCCAUAUCUAAUCCUCCUAUGUUCAAGCAAUUCUUCACUAAAACCAUGUCCUUUAAAAUGGCUCUUCUCAUGCCUUCCAAAUCACUAGUUUCUGUAUGCUUCUGGCUCUUGAAAGUUGUAGUGCUGCUAUGCAUGGUCUUUGUCGUAAUAUGGCUAAGUUUGAGGCCGAAGAUCCCUGUUUUCAAGGUGACUAAUGCUUAUGCUCCAGCUUUAGACGGAUUGAAUUCAACAUUUUAUCGCAGCAAAGUUUCCAAAAACAAUUCUAUUAGCCUUCAAUUUGAAAUCUCGAACCCCAAUAAGCGAAUUGGCAUCUACUACGGCGACAUCUAUAUAACCCUGUACUCCGGUCACUCUGUUAUCAGCUCCAAGCCUCUGCCAGGUUUCUAUCAAGGCUAUAAAAUCUCUACAGUAGCCAGCGUAUUUGCAGAUGCAGACCAGAAGACCUGGAGAGGGGUAAAAGAGAAGCAUAUAAAUUUGACAGUUCGCUUGCAAACUGCAGUCCAAUAUAAGAUAUUGAGAUCAAAAUCAAAGCAUCAUUUCAUGGAUUUGGAAGCAUAUAUUCCCAUCGGACCCGACGGAAGAAUAUUGGAAGAGGAUGAUGUAAAGCUGCAUCGCAAAGUAUGACAAUAAAAGUGUCAAUUUCAUGGAUAUUGGCUCAAGGUAAUUGUUUGUUCAAUUCAUGUUUAAAGUCUUAUGGCAAUGUUGCUGGAUUAUAAUAGGCCAAUAUACAGUCAUCCUAUGUUGCAAACUGGAAGAGACAUUUUAUCGAACACUUCGUACGCUUCACAUGCAUGAUCAAAUAAUGGCAGAAAUACAAACCAAAUUAAGCUCCAAAGAAACACAACUUGAAAUGAACAAUGAUUAUAAACCAAACAAGUAACAAUCAGUUCACAAGUUCCACUAAAAUCCAUUCUUCCGAAGCCCAACAAGACAAUGUGUAAACCACCCUUAUUCUAUAGACAGAGCAGCCGACUAAUAGUUCAGCAAAUGCAAAGAACACACUGACUCUAGCAA